GUAAAAGAGAAAAUCUAAGAAGAUGGAGUUUGAUCUUGAAGACCCUUUAUCCUGCUUCAAGGAACAACAAGCUUAUACCAUAACAGAACUCUUUGCUUCUGAAUCUGAUCACAUGCCGGCCCCAAACUACUUGAAUUCAACACAUUUUCGCACUUCCUUUCGCUGCGAAGCCAUUUCUCUCAUACUUCAGGUCCAGUGUUCAUGCAAUUUGGACCCUUCUGUAGCUUAUCUAGCUAUAAAUUACUUGCAUCGCUUCAUGUCGAGGCAAGAAAUUCCGAUGGAGAAGCCAUGGUUACUGAAACUUGUUGUCAUAUCCUGUCUUUCUCUUGCUUCAAAGAUGAAGAACACACCCUUAUCAAUUUCCGAUAUACAGAUAGAAGGUUGCAUCUUUGAGGCUCAAACUGUUGGGAAGAUGGAACUUCUUAUUCUUGGCGCUCUAGAAUGGCGUAUGAGGUCAAUUACACCUUUUCCUUUCUUGCAUUUCUUCAUCUCUUCAACAGAACUCAAAGAUCCAUCACUGAAGCAAGUGCUUAAAGAGCAAGCUACAAAGAUAAUCUUCAAUGCUCACAAUGACAUUAAGCUUUUAGAGUAUAAACCUUCAACUAUUGCAGCAUCUGCUCUUAUCUCUGCAUCUCGCGAACUAUGUCCGCAGCAAUAUACUAUGCUGAGAGCUUCAAUUGCAGCUUGUGAGAAUCUAGAUGAGGAUUCAUUGACCAAGUGCAUUGACCUGAUGCAAGAGAUGGUUAUGUGGACGGAAGCGAACGAGUCAACCAUUGAUACAAGCUUUCUAAGCACUGAAACUCCGGUGAGCGUGCUGGAGAGAAGCAUCAAGCGGCGGAGAAUCUAAUAAGCCUCCGCCGCCCACACAUGUUCCAGAUUUUUCUCAAGUUGUGAAGGAGCAAAGAAGCUGAGAGAAAAACCAUCAUUUGUGGUCCAUAUCAGUGUUUCAACUCAGACCAAAACUCAAGCCAGCAGAGAGGAUGACAAGGCUUUGGACAAUGGAGUGGAUAGAUCCAUACUUUACUGGUUCCU